AUGGGAAUCAAAGGCAUCUACCCCGAGUUAGGAAGGGGCCAUCGUGUGGCUCUGGCAAGACUCACAGCCGACAGCUUCCGUGAGAAGGGGCGCCCUCUCCGCCUAGCCAUAGACUUUGCCAUAUGGCAGUUCCAAGCGCAGGCCGCUCGGGGAGGUACCAACCCAGCCGUCAGGACCCUCUUCUACCGCCUGGUGCGGCUCCUGGGUACCCCCGUACAGCCCAUAUUCGUCUUUGACGGGCCCAACAAGCCCGCCUUCAAGCGAAACAAGCGAUCGGGCCGUGGCGAUGGCGUGGCCAUUGCCCAGGCCAAGCGGCUGAUCCGGCUGUUUGGCUUCCCCGUGCACGACGCCCCCGGCGAGGCCGAGGCCGAGUGCGCCCUCAUGCAGAGGCGGGGCCUGGUCGAUGCCGUGCUGAGCGAGGACGUCGACACCAUCAUGUUCGGCUGCACCCGUACGCUGCGCAACUGGUCGGCCGAGGGCAAGGGGUCCAAGGCGCCCACCCACAUCACCCUGUACGACGUACACGACAUGGGGCUAGCCAACCUGGGACUCGAUAGGGAGGGCAUGGUCCUGGUCGCCCUCAUGAGCGGCGGCGACUAUCUCCCCGACGGCAUACCCAGGUGCGGCGUCAAGGUAGCCUGCGAGGCGGCCAAAGCCGGCUACGGAAAGUCGAUAUGUCGCCUCAAGGUGUCGGACGGUGAGGGCCUGCGCGAGUGGCGCAGGUCCCUGGUCCACGAGCUGCGCACAAACGAGAGCGGCUACUUUCGCACAAAGCACAUGGCACUCUCCAUCCCCGAGGAUUUCCCCAAUCUCGAGGUGCUGCGCUACUACACACACCCCGUCGUCUCGCCAGAGUCGGCCAUGGAGUCUCUGCGGCAGAAGCUGGAAGGGGGCCCCGACGAGCUACACCUGGACGCCCUCCGCGAGUUUGCCCGCGAGACGUUCGACUGGGACUACCGCAUAGGUGCCGUCAAGUUUAUCCGCGUCCUCGGAGCCGCCCUCCUCGUCCGCAAGAUGUUGCUCGGGGCCGCCGACAAGGAUGGAACCACCAUCCAGCGCAUAUCGGGCCGCAGGACGCACUUUAGCACCGACGGCGAGCCGGAGCUCCGUCUCAGCUUUAUGCCUCGGGAAUUGGUACCCAUUGAUCUGUCCCAGGAGGUGGAUGAGGAGAUUCUCGUGUCUCGGGACGGCCUCGCCCUUAACAGUGACGAAGAGGUCGAAGACGGGGGCUCGCUACCUCCGGCUUCCCAGGCCGCCAAGGUAUUUGACGAGACCAAACCCGAUCUCGCCUGGGUACUCGAGGACGUCGUCAGGAAUACGACGCCCCGCGCCUUUUCUGCAUGGGAAGGAGCAGAACGGGCCAAGGCCGUCCGCAAAUCCCCCACCAAGAAGACAGCAGCCAAGGGCAAAGCGUCCGAAAAGACCAAGAAGACGACGGCAGCGACGGGCAUGCAACGAGGGGCCAUUGACAAAUUUGUGCGCGUCACCAAGACGUCGGUUCUCGAGAACGCAGCCAUGCUCGAGAAGGGUGGCAGCUCUGCUACUCCUGCUGCUAAAAAGAGUCAGCCCCCAGGCUCUCGCCCCUCCCGGGCACCAUCAUCAUCACGACAACCACAGAAGGAGAAGGAGAAGCCGUUCGUUACAUCGCCGUCGCUAUCGCCGUCGUCAACUCCUCCCCGGGAACCAAGUAAGCCCACAUCUGAGCCGAGCGAGGACCCGGACCAGCACCCGGCCGAUCCCUGGACAAGCCCUGGCUCACUACUCACGCCCACUAGGACCCCCUUUAUCUCUGAGCGACCACACCAACAGCCUCAGGAGACGAUUGUCAUCUCGUCGAGUCCUGCCGCCACGGAAGCAUCCCCUCCGCCAUCACCACCACCACCAUUUCCCAUAUCAGCAACAACAGCUGCCGCACGUGAUCCUAGGCCGCCUCCCGCUAGCCGCAAGGAAGUGCCUAGCCCUGUACGCUCGCGUCCUGCCCCGAGUCAGGUUGGGAAGGGCGUGAAGGCGGCCGCGGUGACUGGUUCGCCCGAGUCGGCGGGGUACAAGCAGACAUCCAUGGACAUGUUUGUGGAGAAGAAGAAGAAGAAGAAGAAGAAGAACCAGGCAGGAACCAAUGAUGGCAGUUCUUCAUCUCAAGGUCAAAAAGACCAACUAGAAGACCCUUUUGGCCCGGGUGAUGAUGACAAACGGGACGUGGACGGCGCCGCCACUGCAGAGGCUGGUGAUCAGAAGAAGAAGAGGCUUCUCGUCCCGCGGACCAGCGCAGUCGGCUUCUUCAAGGAGAUCGAGGUCGACGAGGACGUUGCGGACGAGACGGCCUCUAGGGAGGAGCGUAGACUCAAAGCAAGCGGCCAGGCGCGCGGCGUAAUACGGUAUAGCGACGUAUCGAUCAUUGAUCUGACGCAAUGA